AUGGCGACGUCGGCCAGCAAGUCCAGCGAGUGGCUGACGGGCGCCCUGAAGGAGCUUUGGGAGCGGAAGGGGAGCACGCUAGAGCUCGACGCCGACCUCAUCUCGGGCCUCAAUAUUAUUGGAGUAGAAGGUUCUCAGGACAUUAUUCAGGAGUACUUGCGAAGGAGGGGUUAUGUUGAUUCUUCAAAUGGAACCGAAAGAUUGCAAUCGUCUAACCUUCAGCCUUAUCUUGCCUCCAGAGGUUCAAAAAAGAAAGGAGUAAAGGCCAUCUCCCUUGCUGAGGCAGCGAAGGGUUCUAUCGUCUUCAAGCAGGGGAAACCUUGUUCAUGCCAAGCGCGCCAGCACAACCUUGUUAGCAACUGCUUAUCAUGUGGCAAAAUUGUGUGUGAACAAGAGGGUGAGGGACCCUGUAGUUUCUGCGGUUCACUUGUCUUGAAGGAAGGAAGUACAUAUGCUGGUUUAAGCGACAUCGGACUUCCUCUUUCGGAAACAGAAGCUGCAGCUGAAGUAUAUGCAAAGAGGCUUGUUGACUAUGACAGCUCUACAGCAAGGACCAAAGUUUAUGAUGAUCAAAGUGACUGUUAUGAAAUGGAGGGAAACAGUUGGCUCUCUUCAAAGGAAAAAUCGGUCCUAAAGAAGCAGCAAGAGGAAGCUCAGGAAGCAGCUGAAAGCCAAAAGGGUUUGAUGGGAUAA